CAGAGGGAAAGCUUUUCUUCUCACAGCAGCAGCGGGGAUUUUCUGACUGCACGCGCCGGAUAUUCAUCACAUUAAAAAAAAAAAAACACUCACGACUGAAAGCGGCGAGAGAAGAAGGACACGUCCCUUGUCCUGUAUCCCUCCCCGUCCCACCUCUCUAAUUUAGGCCGUCGUUGCUUCUUUUUUUUUUUUUCAUUUUAAUUUUUGUUAUAUCUGAACGUUUUCUCCCUGCUGACACACUCUGUGGCGCACUCAGGUUUCUUGUGCUGACAUGGUAGAUUACCACGCUGCUAAUAAUCAAUCCUCGACCGGAGGAGUUCAGACCUACAUGGAGCAAGAGAAUGACUGGGACCGGGACAUGCUCCUGGACCCGGCCUGGGAGAGACAGCAAAGGAAGACGUUCACGGCGUGGUGUAACUCCCACCUGCGCAAGUCAGGCACACAGAUCGAAAACAUCGAGGAGGACUUCAGGGAUGGGCUGAAACUCAUGCUGCUGCUGGAGGUCAUCGCAGGCGAACGGUUACCCAAGCCUGAGCGAGGCAAGAUGAGGGUGCACAAGAUUAACAACGUUAACAAAGCCCUGGACUUCAUCGCCAGCAAAGGAGUCAAGCUGGUCUCUAUUGGAGCAGAGGAAAUCGUGGACGGAAACGCCAAGAUGACCCUGGGAAUGAUCUGGACCAUCAUCCUCCGCUUUGCCAUCCAGGACAUCUCUGUAGAAGAGACCUCUGCGAAGGAGGGUCUUCUCUUGUGGUGCCAGAGGAAGACCGCUCCCUACAAGAAUGUCAAUGUGCAGAACUUCCACAUUAGCUGGAAGGACGGUCUCGCCUUCAACGCUCUGAUCCACAGACACAGACCUGAUCUCAUCGAUUACGACAGCCUCAGAAAGGAUGACCCAGUGACCAAUCUGAACAACGCCUUCGAGGUGGCUGAGAAGCACCUGGACAUCCCCAAGAUGUUGGACGCAGAAGACAUCGUGGGUACGCUGCGGCCGGAUGAGAAGGCCAUAAUGACCUAUGUAUCCUGCUUCUAUCACGCCUUCUCUGGCGCACAGAAGGCCGAGACAGCCGCGAAUCGUAUCUGCAAAGUGCUGGCUGUCAACCAGGAGAACGAGCAAAUGAUGGAGGACUACGAGAAGCUGGCCAGUGAGCUGCUGGAGUGGAUCCGUCGGACCAUCCCCUGGCUGGAGAACCGAACCCAGGAGAAGACUGUAAAUGAUAUGCAGGCCAAACAGGAAGACUUCAGAGACUACCGCUGUGUCCACAAACCACCCAAGGUCCAAGAGAAAUGCCAGCUGGAGAUCAGCUUCAACACUCUGCAGACUAAACUGAGACUGAGCAACAGACCUGCCUUCAUGCCAUCAGAGGGACGCAUGGUGUCUGAUAUCAACGGAGCGUGGCACACUCUGGAGGGAGCAGAAAAAGGCUACGAGGAGUGGAUCCUCAGCGAGAUCAGGCGUCUGGAGAGGCUGGAACACUUGGCCGAGAAGUUCCACCAGAAGGCGGCCAUCCAUGAGUCCUGGACCGAUGGUAAGGAGGCCAUGCUGACCCAGAAAGACUACGAGACGUCCACCCUGUCAGAAGUGAAGGCGUUGCUACGGAAACACGAGGCGUUUGAGAGCGACCUGGCAGCCCAUCAGGACAGAGUGGAGCAGAUCGCCGCCAUCGCACAGGAACUCAACGAGCUGGACUACUACGACUCUGCCAGCGUCAACGGUCGCUGUCAGAAGAUCUGCGAUCAGUGGGACGUCCUGGGAACUCUCACCCAGAACCGCAAAGAAUCACUGGAGAGGACAGAGAAGCAGCUGGAGUCGAUAGAUGAGCUUUACCUGGAGUACGCCAAGAGAGCGGCGCCCUUCAACAACUGGAUGGAGGGAGCGAUGGAGGACCUGCAGGACAUGUUCAUCGUCCACAAUAUCGAGGAGAUCCAGGGCCUGAUCACAGCCCACGAGCAGUUCAAGUCCACGCUGGCGGAGGCCAACAAGGAGCGGGAGGCCAUCCAGGCCAUCCAGGCUGAGGUGCAUAAGAUUGCCCAGAGCAACGGCAUCAAGCUGAGUGGAGCAAACCCCUACACCACCAUCACACCGGCGAGCAUCGACAGCAAAUGGAAAAAGGCGAUGGACAUGGUGCCGCUGCGUGAUAACGCCCUGCAGGAUGAGCUUAACAAGCAGAACUCCAACGACACUCUGAGAGCCAAGUUCGCCACUCAGGCCAACACGGUCGGCGCCUACAUACAGGCCAAAAUGGAGGAAAUCGGCAGGAUAUCCAUUGAAAUGAACGGCACCCUGGAGGACCAGCUGACCCACCUGAAGGAGUACCAGAAGACCAUCAUGUCUUACAUGCCCGAAAUCAACACGCUGGAGGGAUACCAUCAGCUCAUCCAGGAGGCACUUAUCUUCGACAACCAGUACACUUCCUACACAAUGGAGCACCUCCGUGUGGGCUGGGAGCAGCUGCUGACCACCAUCGCCAGAACCAUCAACGAGGUGGAGAACCAGAUCCUGACGCGUGACGCUAAGGGCAUCAGCCAGGAGCAGCUCUACGAGUACCGCGCCUCCUUCAACCACUUUGACAAGGACCACAGCGGGGCCCUGCAGGCGGAGGAGUUCAAGGCCUGUUUGAUCAGCCUGGGCUACGAUGUGGAGAACGACAAGAAGCGAUCAGGACAGAUGGUCUCAGAGGAUUUCCGGGCUCUACUCAUUUCUACAGGAAACAGCCUGGGUGACAGCGAGUUUGCUCGCAUCAUGGGCAUAGUGGACCCCAACGGCAGCGGCGCCGUCACCUUCCAGGCUUUCAUUGACUUCAUGUCCAGGGAAACGACCGACACGGACACCGCGGACCAAGUCAUCGCCUCCUUCAAGAUCCUGGCCGCUGAUAAGCCCUUCAUCACGGCCGAGGAGCUGAGGAGGGAGCUCCCCCCCGACCAGGCGGAGUACUGCAUCGCCCGCAUGGCGCCCUACACAGGGCCCAACGCCAUCCCCGGAGCCCUGGACUACAUGUCCUUCUCCACCGCCCUGUACGGAGAGAGCGAUCUGUAGAGGAGGAAGAGGAGGCCUGGACAGACGAGGGAGGGAGGGAGGGAGGGGAGGGAGGUUGAGGAGGAAGAGGGAAGGAAGGUAGAGAGUUAUUGCGUGCGUAGAGAAGACCCCAGGAAUCGAGCGUUUGGAAGAAUUUGAGGUGGUGGUGGUGGUGAGGUGCCCCCUGCGUGUGCCGGUUUAAAGAAUCAUGAGAAAGUUUUGAGACUCUGAGCUUGUUGAUAGAAACUGUAGUUAGGUUUGGCCUCCGUCGAAUGUUUUCCAGCUCCGUUAUGUCGCAAAACCGAUAAAGAGCAUUCAAUUUGUCGUUAAAAAAAGG